CGCAACUUAGUCUUACAAAAUCGGCACUCCAGGUUUCCGUUCCGCGUUGCUAUUAUCGGCCUUCCUCUCGCAUCCCUUCCCGCGGAAUCUGCUUCUCAAUCGAAUCGAAGGGAUGGCACCUGAAGAGGUCAGUUCUGGAUCUACCCAUAGCGUUGAAGUGAUUGGCAAUGCUUUUGUCGAGCAAUAUUACCAUAUUCUUCACCAAUCACCUGAGUUGGUUUGUCGGUUUUAUCACGACUCCAGCGUGAUGGGAAGGCCUCAUUCUGAUGGCAAAAUGGAAUCAGUAACAACCACACAAGAUAUCAACGAGAAGAUAAUGUCAUUAGAUUACCAUAACUUCAAGUCAGAAAUUAAGACCGUUGAUUCACAGAAUUCUUUCAAUGGUGGCGUAGUUGUUUUAGUGACUGGAUCCCUUUUAGGAGAAGGAAAUUCAAGCAGGAAAUUCACUCAGUCAUUUUUCUUAGCCCCACAAGAGAAGGGUUACUAUGUUCUGAAUGAUGUGUUCAGACUAUUGGAUGAAACAGAUGGUCCAGCUCAACCUAAUGGUGUUAGUGAAGCUUCUUCUGAAGCUCCCUUAACACCAGAAAAAGUGAUCACUGAGAUUCAAGAUCAGCAUGCAUUAGAUUCUUCUAAUGCACCAGGAGAAGAAUUGAAUGAUGGUGACCAGGCAAUUGCUGCUUCUUAUCCUGAAGAAAAUUCUGUGGUUGGAGAAGUUGAAUCUGUUGAAGAGACUGUUGAUGUGGCUCCAAAAGAACCACAGCCUGUGGUUGAACCUUCUAAUUUUGUUCAGGAAGAGCCUGUUAAGAAAACAUAUGCCUCUAUUUUGAAGGCCAUGAAGGACAGCGCAGGGGAUUCUCCAGCUGGUUCUUCUGCCCCUGUGUGGGUAGCACGUCCAAACACCGAACGGCCAUCUCUUGCUGUGCCUGUGCCUAUUUCAGCAUCUGAAACUUCAGCACCUCCUAACAACGGUUCCUCUGAUAAGGAAGGAGAAGCUGAUGGUCGCUCUAUUUACAUACGAAACCUGCCCAUGAAUGCCACUGUGGUCCACCUGGAAGAUGAGUUUAAAAAGUUUGGAGUCAUUAAGCCUGGAGGAAUUCAAGUGAGAAGCAAUAAGCAACAAGGAUUUUGUUAUGGUUUUGUGGAGUUCGAGAAUUCAAGUGCUGUUCAAGAUGCACUCGAGGCUUCUCCUGUUAUGAUUGGCGGGCGGCAGUGCUUUGUGGAGGAGAAGAGAACAACUUCUACAGCCCGAAGUAGUGGGAGAGGGGGCCGGUUUGCUCCAGGAAGAGGUGGGUUCCGAAAUGAUGGACAAAGAGGUCGUGGUAAUUUUGGCGGACGGGGUUAUGGGAGAGGUGAGGUUGGCAAUGCACGUGGCUGGGGCACAUCUGGACGGGGAGGUGAUAGUUCUCAGCACACUGAUCAAAAUGGCAAUGGCAGGGCGAGUCGUUAUGCUGGUGCAGGAUCCACUGCAUGAGGGGAUUGUAUUGGCUUCCCAUUCUGCUGAGGUGACAGAAAAGUUGGUGAAAUUAUCCAACCUCGUAAUAUCUUCAGUGUUGGUGUGAAUGCUUCUAAAAAUGAUUCAAGGCUUCAAGCACCCAUUCGACCUUUGGUGAUAAAUUAUUAUUUUAGAAUUACUAUUGUUAUCUUCAAUAGAAUUCAUUCUAGAGCACUUCAAGGUAACGAGUGAUUUUGUUAUUUUUCCCCAAAUUGAUAAAGGGUGGCUUAGGAGUCUUUUCUCUUUAUGGGUUUCCUGCCCAAUAGAUUGAACUGGCAGUAUUGGGGUAACCCCUACGCAGGAACGUUUCUUGAAUUAGAUUGAGCUGGCAGUUAAGUUGGUGCAUUCAUCUUGCUGCAGGGAGAGAUUUUUUGUUACGUUUUUCUGGAGAAACCCAAUUGAGGCUUGUUGAUUUUGUUAACUCCGGAUGAUUACUUGCAUUUUUAUUGUUAUUAUCUAAUUUUGGCUUGGUAUAUAUAGUGAACAGAUUGUUUGCAAUGACAAUUAUCAAUUUUGGGUUGUCA